CAUAUUCCAUUUUCUUUCACAUUUCACCUUCCUCUUUCUGACCAUGGUUCGCCGGAGAAAGAACGCCGGCGAAUCACCUGAAGAGACCGACACUGAAAAGGAGUCACGUAAUAGGAUGAGAAGUGAAGAAGGCUUUUCGCAUUAUGAACAGAUUAGGGACCAACGGAUCAAGGAGAACAAAGAGAGGCUGCAGAAGUUAGGCUUGUUCGACCUAUCUCUGAAACUCAAGAAGCCUAAAACUUCGCCGCAGAAGAAAUCCCCUCGCCCUAAGAAGACGACGCAAAACGCUUUAACGCCUAGCAUGCCCCCGAGGCGAUCUUCCAGAAUACAGAGCUUAGGACCAAUAAAGUAUUACGAAGGACGCGAGAAGCGUGACUCCUCCAAAAAUUUAGAGAUUUGCAUACCGAAAGGUACAAAUCCAGAAGUUUACACGAAAAAGCAUGAAAAGCUUUUAGGGGAUUGUAAAAUGGAGUGGGAAUUGUAUAUUGAUGGAUAUGAUGAUGAUGGGAAUCGUUUGUAUGAUCCGAUCAAAGGGCAGACGUGCCACCAAUGCAGGCAAAAGACUCUUGGUUUGCAUACCUAUUGUGGCAAAUGCGAGUUACCCCAAGGAGAGAUUUGUGGGGAUUGCUUGUACAUGAGAUAUGGAGAAAAUGUUUUAGAAGCAAACGAGAAUCGCCAAUGGAUUUGUCCGGCUUGCCGGGGAAUUUGCAAUUGUAGUCGUUGCCGUAGAGCAAACGGUUGGAUGCCCACUGGUAAUCUGUACAGUAAGGUGUCAGAAUUAGGAUUCAAAUCUGUGGCACAUUACCUCAUCCAAACUUAUCGCUCAAAAGAUCGAUUACAAGCCCCUGCAAUAGAGGAGACUGAUUCGCAAUAAGAGGGGCCCUGGCGUGAUCAUUGUUGAGGACUCGGGGAAGUGAUAAGAUGGAUGCAAUGGAAAUUGAGCAGCUCGUUAGUGACCAAGUGUAUAUUUUCCUUUUUUUUUUUUGCUGAGAUUGACCUGAAGCCUGGCCGUUUUGUGAAAACAAGGUUGAUCUUUUCCCAUGAACAAUGGAAUAUUUCAAUUAAGUGCUAGUACAGUUCACUCGUUUUCCUGGGGAACUACUUCUGUUUGUACUGUUUUCCUUUCACUGACAUUGGACCUUUUGCUUUCUACAUGUGAUGAUGUGUGAUUUAACCCAUAAAAAUAGUAAAACAUGAAAUUAAAUCUA